AUGAAUGGAAAACCUUGUGUUCCAAUCGUUAAUGAUCAAAUCCUUCCCGAAUUCUUGCAAGCUCGGCACCUAGAAAAUGCUGUCAAAAAAAGUGAAAUCAAGCUGAAGAUAUUUUCGGGCACAACAAAUACUGUUCUUUCUCAAGAAAUUGCUUGGUACAAGGGCCUCAACCUGGGAAAUAUUAAUAUAAAGCGGUUUGCUGAUGGUGAAAUUUAUAUUCAAGAGAGUGUCAAAGAUCUUGCUAGUAAGAAGAUUAGUAUCAAUGAUCGCGUCGUAUUUUCGCCUGAUGUUGGAUUUGCUAGAGCUCGUGCUUUUGCCAAAAAGUGCUUUUGA